UCUACAAGUAGCACAUUGAAGAGCUCCAAUAUGGCUACGCUGGUGGAGGGUGAAAAAUAUGGGCUAUCUUCCACUUCAGCAAAUUACGAGCAAAAAAGCGUAGUCCAUGUGAAAUUAACUGAUUCCGCAUUGAAGGCAAUAGAAGAUGUACUUAGAUGCAAGGACAAGUCCAAAAAGCCUUCCAUUUCCUUUAAUGGCAACCAAGGGGUCAUCAAUAUCCCUGCCCGGGACUCGGACAAUUCCAAGACAUUCCAGUUCACUGUGUCUCGAGUCGCCGAUGCCAACGGUCUGGACUGUGUCCAGCAGAUGGACUCCAAAAAUGGAAACCAGCUGAUCAAUUUAGGAACGAUGUCCACCAAAAUAGCUGUCCAUGCGACAUCGGAUGUGUUCAGACAGACGAAGGAAACAAUGAAAACUGCUCAAGAGGAAUGGACGAAAGUCAGGACACAAGAAAUCAAGCCCAGUGGGAGAAACAUUAGCCGCAAAAUCAAGCGUGUCAAACGUGAAUCGGAACUCAAAAACCCCAUCCCCCCCACAAGACAGGAGCGGGAGCGAGAAUCGGAUCUCAAGAGUCGAAUUCAGGAGGCGAAGCGUGACGUGGACAUCCGACAGAUGAUGCACCAGCAACACCAGCAACUUCAUCAUCACCAGCAACCCAGUGCCAACAACAGUCGAGUGAACCCCUCUUGUCAGACCAGUGCAAUAAAAACAAACAAAACCACUGCUGUUGUCUCCCCUUUUACUAACAACAACAACUCGUCCUCUCGUAAAGUCAGUCCUGCCCAGUCGCCCCACGAAGUCUCGUCCACGACCGGCGGGGUGCCCUCCCCUUCUUAUUCUUCCAGUCAAUCUGUCAAAACCAAAUCUGCUGUCAUGGCUGUACCCAUCAGAGAAAGAAUUGUCCAUUUGCUUGCUCUCCGUUCCUAUAAAAAGCCUGAGUUAUAUGUACGCCUAAUGAAAGAUGGAUUGAGUGAUUCUGAUCGAAAGGAGUACAGUACGUUUAAUUUAGACGACAUCGCAGUUCAAAAUCAGAAGGAUCUUCGCUACAGUCUGUCAAAGCACGCGUUCUCUGAAGUCAAGCCUGACUGGCCCCAUUACACAGAACAGGAGAAAGAAGCAGUCAAAAAGAAACUCCAGAGUUUGUCCCCCGUGUCUUCCCCGGCAGCCAGUCACCCCUCCCCCAAAGCCAGCCCUACCAGUAGUACACAGAAACGGCCAUGCGAGCAACCAGAAGUUGGUCAGCCGUCAAAGAAACAGCGAAUAUCUCACUACAGCAAGGAGAACAGGCCGGCGCUGGCUGAAACCGCAGAGAAUCGGGAGAUACCCGUGAACGACCGCACCUACAAAAAGGAGAACAUUGAUGAUUCUGCUGAUGAGGCUUCCUCUACAUCGGAGACCCCCGACUACUUCCUUAAAUACAUAGCAAUAUCAAAUGGUCCCCAGCGAGCCAAAUAUAAACAGGACUUUAAUGCCGAGUACCAGGAGUAUAGAGAUUUACACGAUAACGUGGAGAAAGUGACAAAAAAGUUUGCUGAGCUCGAGACGUUAAUGAGACAAGCUCAGCCAGGGACUGAAGAGUAUGAGAAUCUGAAAAAUAAGAUACGACAAGAAUACAAAUAUCAGAAAGAUGAUCACAAAUACAUGGAGCAAAAGAAAAGAUUCGAGUACCUGCACAAAAAACUGGGUCACAUUAAGCGGCUGAUCCUGGACUACGACAACAGCCAGACGACGGUGUCAUAGCUGGGGGUCAGGCGGAGUGUAUCCCCCCCACUGUACCGGCCCUGGUCCUGUCUGCUGUCUGUGAUUCCAUAAAUACAUGUGAUUCAGUUCCCUGCCUUAUAAAGGUCUCCAUGCCUCCUCCCCCCGGGAUCCUCCUCUAGGGUGGAGAGUUGGCCAUCUACUGAGUUCUUUAAGUUUGUGUGUGUUUGUAUCGAGUCCACCUGGUGGCAGACUUAUGUAAAUGUUGUUCCGACAGUCCUGGUUGUAUGUUCACAAUGUGAUAUUCAUCAACUGCAUAACUGUGUAUAUACUACAUGUGUGUACUAGAUACAUGGGUUAAGAUCUAGUCAAGCAGGGACACUGCAUCCAUCCUAGUUGUGAUGAUACCAGGCUCUUCCAUUUUAUGAAAUAACUUUGCAUUUUUGACUUAAAUAUACUCAAUAUGAUUUUAUUGAAAAACACUUAGAAGUGAAAACUUAAGCAAAACUUUAAACAUAUUGAUUACUUACUUAGUCUAAUACACAUUUUAAAAUCAUAGAAUUGAGUUUAGAGAUAAUUUUACCCUAGAUGAAUGGAGUAGGAACUAAAUGACUAGAUCUUGACCGUGAGUUAACAAAUAUUGAACUGGACUAAUUGUCAGUACAGCAUCGUCCAAUCAUUGCGCUGUGUGUGGUUGCCAGACUGUCCAUUGUCGAGGGCAUUACAUGUGAGUUUGUGUAUCUCUCUGCCAUUCACUUAUGAUGACAAACUAUUCUUUGAUAAUAAUUUUUUUCAUAACAAUGUCCAGACAUGACCAAGGCCGACAGAGGGGUGUUUCCUCCGCUAAGACUCCCCAAUUGAAUGAUUCCCCCCAAAAUAAUGUAUUUUCAUUAUAAUUGAUAAAAAAAAACUGAUUGCCCAUGGAUCUGACCUAGAAACUGAAAACAAUGUUGCAAUUAUUUCCAUGAGUUUCCAUGACUACUUGUCAAGGCACUCUGAGUGUCGUACAGUUGGAUAGAGAGAAGAAAAGAUAUUGGAGGUUAGCUGAUAUAGUUACAUGCUGAUAUCUGAUAUCUUGUUACAUGUUGAUAUCUCUUUACACUCAAAGAAAACAGCAUCUUGAAAAGCUUAUUAAUUUUAGCAUAAUUGGGUCACUUAUAAAGUGACAGUUGUGAUUUUUUUGUACAUAGUGAUAUUUUCUCUCUGUGUUUGUUUUUAUCUGAAAUGAAGUAUAUUGGUGAGUGAAUGGUAGUGCUGUAUUUAUAUAAGUACAUCAAACUUCUUCAGCAUCAAGUGCCUUACUAGAACUGUGUCACAACUUAACAGUUACGGUUUCAUCUGGUGUCCUCUUUUUAUGGAGGCCAUUUUCUUAAUUUAUCGUGUCAUUGGUUUAAACAAACUCCCUGUGCCGUUCGACUUAGAUAAAACUCUGUCAUGGGUGCUGGACCUCAAAUCUGCAAAUGAUCUGAAAUUAUUUAUAUGUAUUCAUGACGUCUUAAAAUUUGGUUGAUACUUAGAUCUCAAAACUGAAAAAUUGUCAGCACCUGCAAAACUUGCAUCAGAUAAGGUUAGGGUGAUAUCGCUGGUUUAUUGAAGGCAAAGGGAGGUAAUACUUUAAUUUAUUUAGCUCAUUGCUAAACCCGAUUUGUUGACAGUUGCUAUUUAUUUAUUCAUCUAUUUAUUGCCAUCGUUGAGUUGUUCUGAUCUUGAUCUGAAGGCUGUAUCGUACAUCUAGGGUACAGAGAUUUUUUUAUCCAAUUAUGGCAUCAUUGAUAUAUCCAGUUUUUCGUGUGUGAGUGAACGAUAACCAGUCUUUCCAUAAAAGUACAAAAAAAUCGUAAAAAAUAAAAAAAACAAUGUAUAUACAAUGUAUAUAUGUAUAAAAAUAGCAAAAAAAAGGAGGGAUUGGUUAUCAGUUGAAAGUCAUUAAACAGGAAACAAUGGUCUGUGAUUGAAAAUGAUAUUCUGUGAUUAUAAAUCAAACUAUGAGCACAUUUACUAAUGAUAUAAGAGGAGAUUUCCUGUUUGAUGGGGCAACGAUAGAACAUUGUGUGUAUCAAAAGGGAAGCUGUUUAAAGAGAUGUUGGAUAUCAAUAGUUAGGAUAGGGUCUAAUAUUUUUAGAACUUAAUUAUUUUAAUACCUAUAGAUAUUUGAUAGUCAGACCAAAGAGUGAUUCACUUGGCAUUCAGGGUAAAUCCUCCAGAACCUCACUCUCUAUAGGGCAGAGAAUGUCUGUAGAUUGGGCUAGAUAUAGGGCUCUAUAAGAAAUCAAGCAAAUUAACAGUGUGACCACUGUGUAGGAGAGUAUACAGUAAAUACAUGUAAUGAUUACGCGAGGCGUCUUGAAGUUUUCAUGGAAAUGUUCUGGAGACUGUGACAUUUUUUCUGUAUUUAUUGUUUUGUGAUAUAUAUAAAUGUGUGUGGGUGUGCGUCUGUGUGUGUGGGUGUGACGGUGUAAAUGAAGCUUUCUCUACUCCCGAGUGUUAGCGAGUCUCACGCCAUUCAUUUAGCCUGCUCUCAUUGGUUGAAUCCUGUUGUGAACUUGAAAUUCUAGUUGCUAUGCUUACAGAUACAGGGUAUCUGUUCACCCUGACCUUUGGCAUGACUCAAUUCUUAAUUACUAGGUAACAGUAUAACAAUUUUUGAGUUGUGUGGUCAGUCAUGGGAGACCACAUGAUUUUGUAGACCAGUGCUACAGCAGCUGUUCUCUUCUGCUUUGAAAACAAAAAAUGUCGAGCAUUGAUAAUGCUAAUAGUUAUCAAAUGGAUGCCUGAUCUGAUUUUUUAAAAAAAAUGAUUUAAAAAGACUUGGAACCAAUAUAAUUGUAUAAAACUUAUUUAUAUUUGAAACCAAAUUGUUUAUCUUGUGUGUAAUUUAUCAAAACUUAACAGACAUUGACCCCUGGGGUGUAGACAGACUGAAAUCUCUUGUAUUGGCCUAUUUGACACAAACCUCAGACACUGGACACAUGACACACAAAUACAUAGAACCACUGAAUGCCCUGCCAAGUUAUCAAUGUUUUAUUUUGCUCAACAAAUUAUUUACAAGAGUAUUGAUUUCAUUUUUUAUGCAUGUUGGUUGUUUAUGAAUGAGUUUGUAAAUAUGUUUCUGAAAUCAAUGAUUGAAAUUGUACAUAGGUACUGUAAUGACCCUAUUAACAGAGGUCAUACUCUGUGCUGACUUGUUUUAAUCCUCACAUUCCAUGUUUUGGGCAUAAAGUCUGGGCAAGCAUUCCAGGGUAUUGACCCCCUGCCGCUAGCGGUGAGACUAGACUCGCAUUUUAUUAGACAGAGCAGCCCAAUGACAGACUCAUAUUUACAACCAUCAGUUCUUGAUUUGAUAAUUUAUCAUUUUGUCUUAAUUGAAAGCUAAGCUUUUUUGAUUUUUUUUAAAGAAUAAUGAUGUGAAUAAAAUAAAAUUCAUAAAUUUUAUUUGUGUAAGAGCAUGUAAACUAGACAUACAAACUGUUCAUGAAUGGCAUACAUGUAGAAGGGAAAUAACUCUCUCCUGUUUCUGACUGCAUUAUUGUGUUGGGAGUAGCAUAGCUGUUGAGUCUGACCUCGGCAUGUACUGUGGUAAAUGAGGCGGCUACUCACAUGACCCAAUGUUUUACAUGGUGCACACGGCUAAAUGUUUUACAAGAUAUCAUGUGAAGCACAUGGAAUGGUAAAUGUUAACUUUAAUAAACAAAUGCAUUGAAA